GGGAGGACGGCGAUCGUGACAGGAGGGAACAGGGGGCUGGGGAAGGAACUUAGCAUGCUGCUGGCGGGGGAGGCGAAGGCGAGGACGAUCAUGGCAUGCAGAGACAGGAGGAGCUGCGAGCAAACGGCGGCUGAGAUUCGAUCCCAGUAUGCAGGAGCAGACGUGACCUGCGCUUUCCUCGAUCUCUCUGACCUCUCGAGCGUCAAGAAGUUUGCAGAGGAGAGGAGAGGAGCAAGAAUCGACCUGCUGGUACACAACGCUGGAGUUAUGGCCGUGCCCGACACGAAGACGAGGGACGGGCUGGAGACGACCAUGCAAGUGAACUUCUUCGCUCCUCUCCUCCUCUCGGCCCUGCUUGCAGACUCGAUGAAACGCUCU